UAUUUUGUAUUUGUAUACAAAUUGGUAAUUCCGAUUGUUUUGUAAAAAUAAGACUGUAAUGACUGCAGAUUCUUCAAUUGUUAAUAUUUAAAAUGGAUGACAACCCGGAGUUAGAACUAAAAAAGCUUUGUUGUACUUGCUUAAGCCGAGACCGUAAAUUGUUUCAAUUAUGCAAAAUACCUGAUGGAGUAAAUAAUUUAUAUUCCUUAUUAUCAUACGAUACCGAGGCUUAUAGAGAAGGUUUUUAUAGAGACACAACCAGUUUGUACAUUUGCUGGGAGUGCAAGUCUAUGAUGUGUAGAAUUACUCGGUUCAGACAACAGGCUUGUACAGCGCAGAGGCAUCUGAGCGAAAUUACUGACGGUCACACUCAUGUAAAAGCAAUAUGUUUAUCCCGCCUUACCAGUCAAAAACUCAAUGAAAUAACAGUCACAUCGAAAUGUACGAAUACAGCGAAUUUUAUAAAUUUAACAGAAGAUUUCGUCGAUUGCGGCAUAACUACAGAGAUCGUCAUCAAAAAUGAAUUUGAUGAUGAUGAUAUUCCAUUAUCAGAACUCAACAACUGGCCAGACCAUGAUUACAUUACUCCAGUGACGAUCAUAGAUUGUAAAGAUAAACUUUCCAAUGUUUCACAGACCACAGACAAUGAUGAACUGUCAAAAACCAUAGACAAUGGUGAACUGUCAACAACCAUAGACUAUAAGGAUGAACUGUCAAAAACCAUAAACAAUGAUGAUCUGUCAAAAAGUAAAGAUUUGUUGCUAGAUGCAAAAAAGAAGAAAAUUCUAAAGAAAGGGUUUUCCUUAGUUUCUAUUGAUGAUUGUGAGUUGCAGAAGAUGAGAAGUGAAUGUAGAUUGGACGCUGAAUUUUUAGCGGCUAGUUUUAAAUGUGACAGCUGUAUUGAAAUUUUUGGAAGCGAAAUAGAGUUCAAUGAACAUAAUUUAUUACACUUAGAGAAACCAUAUCACACGCAAUGUGAUAUAUGCCAUGUCUAUGCUCCAAUGUCAUCCUACACGCACCAUAGACAAGAACACUACCAUAAACACGAAUGUAAACUCUGUGCAUACACAAGUUUGAAUUUGAGCGAUAUCUAUUCACAUUUAGCUACUAAACAUGACAUGAAAGAAAUUCCGUCUAAAAAGAUCAAACCGAGUAACUUGAAGUCAAAUAAAGAAGCAACGAAAGAAGACUCAAUAACUACAACGACAAAAUUAAAACACGAUUCCGCCUUACAAUACAAAUGUAGUGAAUGUGACAAAAGUUUCGGAAAUAAAAGUGCGCGAUGGAAGCAUGUUCAGAGAUGUCAUAGGGAGGGAUUCAAAUGCGCGACUUGCGGCCAACAGUUCCCGUUCAAAAAUAAUCUUAGAAGGCACGAGCAGCGUCACAAAUCUCCACCACCUCGCGAGGAAUGUCCGAUCUGUCACAAGAUGAUCAGAGUAGCGUUCAGAGCGAACCAUGCGAAAAUACACACGGAACGACCAAAGUACAGAUGUGAACAAUGCGACAAAACCUUGGUCAGCCGAGAAUCCUACGAGAACCACUUAAAAUACUCCACGGCACAUGCGAAAGUGGAUUUGUUGAAAUACAAAUGUAACAUGUGUGAGAAGGGAUACAGAUCUCGCAAUGAACUUAAGGAUCAUGUCAACUACCAACAUAUGGGGAAAACGCAGCAUAAGUGUCCAAUCUGUGAUAAGGCCCUAGCUACUAGGCGUUGUAUAACGCGACACGUAAAACGCGCUCACGAAGGUAUCAAGGAGAAUGUUCGAGACAAAAUGUGCCAGACUUGCGGGAAGGCGUUCACGCACAAGAAAAGUUUGAUCGAGCACGAACUUAUUCACUCUGGCGCUCGGCCGCUCUGGUGUGAACUAUGCGGAUCCACGUUUCGUCAAAGUGCAUCACUGUACACGCACAGGAAAAGAGUGCACAGACUGCACAGUGCCCGAAAGACCGCCACGUUAUUGCACAAUUGACUGACUUUUAUGACUAUUGCUGACUUUUGUGACUGUUUUGGCAUUUUUGUGACGUUUAAUGACUUGGUGACUUACCAAUCUUCACAAACGACAUUUGGUGGCUAUUGGUGACUAUUACGAUCAUUUGUGAUUUGCGACAAUUUUUCGACACUGGUGAAUUUUGUGACAAUUGGUGGCUUCACUGACGUUUGGUGAAUUUUAUAAUUUUAAGCGACCUUUUGUUACUGAUGGGGAUAGUUUUGUCUGUUGGUGACUUUUGUGGCGACUGGUAACCUUUGUGACAGUUGGUGUUAUUGUGGCGAUUAGUGAAUUUUGUGACAAUUGAGAGCUUUACUGGCGUUUGGUGAAUUUUAUAAUUUUAAGCGACCUUUUGUUACUGAUGGGGACAGUUUUGACAGUUGGCGACUUUUGUGAUGAUCGGUGACUUUUAGGAUUCGGGAGUUUUCUGGACAAUUUGCCAGAAGGAACAAUGAUAACUUAGAAAAGUUACUGAUCACUCGCAAAGUGAAAGGAAAGACACCACUCUCAACACUACAAUACACGAUGCUCUCUACUCGGCAGUAGAUAGAGAAUAUAGAAAUAGAUGGCGGAGAGUAAUAAGCAGAUCACCAAUGAUAUUGUAUAUUAACAGAUAUAUUCGGUGGAAAGGCGUGCAAUGAGGCUGAUUGGAGAUCCAGAUUUGGUUGGGUCCAAUAUUCAAAGUCUCGAGCACAGGCGCAGAGUAGCCAGCCUUGCGGUUUUCUACAGGAUACAUUUUGGAGAGUGUGCCCAGGAAUUGCACGAUUUGAUUCCGCCAUCCCAAUUUCACCUUCGGACAUCCCGGCGUACGGCGAAUAUCCACCCAUACGUUGUUGAUACGUUGUUGAGACACCUGCGGCCCGGACUAAGCGUUUUGCCUCGUCAUUUAUACCGCGUACAUCGAGGGAUUGGAACAGUUUGCCGGCUGCAGUCUUUCCGUCCGAAUACAACUUAGGUGUCUUCAAGGCUAGAGUGAAUAGGCUCUUAAUAAACUAGUGCGCCUUACCAUCAACGAUUGCAUCACUGCUUAACAUCAGGUGGGAUCGCAGUCAAGCACUGGUUUAUUGCAAGUAAAAAAAAAAAAAAAAAAAGGUAUGUUAUAAGUUCGCAAAAGUGAAGACUCGAAAAGGAUACAACUGUAUGCAAGUGCAAUUAGUCUCUCUUAGAAUAAUAUUUGUUUACAUUGAGUACGUAAUUGAUAACAAUAGCUAAUUCGUUUUUCUUGUUGGAUUUAUUAUACUAUCCUUUUUCUAUAAUUUUAACUUGUAGUAAUAUGUACAAUUAAUAAAAUGGUACCUAUGUGAGUGUUUGACGCUUGGCGUGGAAGACAUUUUUCGUGCGUUUUGUGAGCGUAUAACAUACAUAUUUGUGUUAAUAAAAUAUCAUUGCAGAACACUGUAUCUCACGAUCCUGAGCAUUGAAGAAACAGAUGCAAGGAGAAGAUUACUUUUAUGACUGUUGGCCACUUUUGUGACUAUUGGUGAUUUUUGUGACAGUUGGUGGG